AUGCCUGCCAGAACCCCUCAAUCCUUUUCCUGUUUUAGCCUCGCUGCUCGCCGUUGGGUACCCGUGGCCUCACGGCCCAUCCAGAGUCCCGGGGUGCAAAGCUCAGCCCAAGGAAACACUCCUAGAUCUCAUUUCAACAUAGUCUCUUGGAACAUUGACUACUCUAGUAGCUACCCCACACGACGCUGCCUUGCUCUCAUCAACCACAUUUUCAAAAAUGGAGUUCCUGACAUUCUCUGCCUACAAGAGGUCAGGUCCGAAGUUCGUGCCAGUCUCUUAGGCAACCGCGAAAUACGCCAAGCUUUCCUCACAACAGACGCCGCGACGGACCUAGAGUACAAGCGUUUCAUAACCAUGACCCUGCUGUCUAAAAAACGCUUCGCGUAUAGCCAAGACUCGAAGGAGAUGGAUGGAUCAGACGAUGAGGGGAAGUUCAUUGUCGGGCCGGUUUUUCGCGAGCAUCUCCCGAGUGCAACCGGUAGGGAUGGACUUUGCGUGGACCUCAUCCCUCCUUACGCACCGGACACCUUCCUCCGAAUAAUAAACGCACACCUUGAGUCGUGCGAUAGCUUCUCCUACCGCGCUGAGCAGCUCAAGCAAUUAUCUAGCGUCCUUCGUGAACCUGGCUGCAGUGGUGGCCUCAUUGUGGGAGAUUUCAAUUCGGUCACUGAUGACGAUCACCAGCUCAUCGAGGAGAAUAAGCUGCAGGAUGCAUGGCUGACGUUGCAUGGGGACACGAAUCCAGACGCACCUACGUGGAGUGUGGGGGGAGGAAAGACCCUAGGUAUGAGCCUAGGAGGCUGGAUAAGGUUGCUAUGGUAG